AUGGCCUCGCAAUUGUCCUCCCCGGCCUCUGGGCCCUCUCCUCCGCAGAGCGUGGAGAAGAUCACCCGCCUUGCUCAAGACUACGAAUACAAUCCUUUGGUUCCUCUACGGUACUGGUUGAGAACGGCUGCAACUAUUGUUCGCGAGGCGCGUAUCUAUCUCCACGAAGGACACGAUGAACAAGCGUACCUCCUCCUAUUCCGACAUGCCCAGCUAGUGCUUGUAAACCUAGUUAAGCACCCCGAUGCGAAAGAUGAAAAAGAGCGGAAACUGCUCGUAGCAGCGGAGACGGAGGUGCGGCGGAACCUAGAGAUCCUGGAGAAGCUAAAACCACGGAUCAAUAAACGAUAUGAGCGAUAUACACAAUUCAUGCGCGAGCGUCAAUCCCGCAUGCCGCCCGCUCGGACUGCUAGUCCUGCCGCAUUGGGCCAACAACCGGCUGCUCACGACCCCGUAUUAUCGGGUGUUGCUGAGCCUUUAGAGGCUGGUGAGAAUAGUGAUCUGGCUGUCAAAAUCGCCCGAACUGAGAUCAGUCGGAGAGCGACGGCGAGAAAUGCGAUGCGCCAGGCUGAGCACGGUACUGGCGAUGAAUGGAGCAGACGCGCUGCAGGGGUCUGGGGAGACUGGGAAGAAGGCCUCCAUCGGAACGAAACUAAAGAUGCCGAUGAUCUGAGCCAUCGCAUUCAGCAAGUGAGGCUCAACUUGGAGAAUAGUGUGCAGGAUACUGGCUAUCGUGCUGCCAACCCCGCCGCAAGGUCGUCUGCUGAACUUGCUUCCACGUCCACCUACAAGUACCCCACGGUUCCCAGGCAAAAAAGGCCGUUGGAGUCUUCCCUUUCCUCGGUCACAAAAGCUGUCCCGGGGGACGUUCGCAUCCUCCUAAAGCCGCCUGUGGUCCCUCCAAAGGAUAAGGUCCAAAUCAUUCAACCAACGGGCCUCGAUGGGCUCGUGCUUCCACCCCGUCCUGAAAAGCUAUCACCAGAGCCCCCUGCGGGCGUAUCUGUGCCCACACCACCCGCGAAAGUAAAGCCAAUACCAGAAGACGGACGCCGGGAUCUAGACCCGGCCAGUUUUACCUUUAAACCCUCUGCCUACCUCGAGAAUGGAACUCCCCUACGUACCGUCUUCCUCCCCCCAGAUUUGCGGACCCAAUUUCUCUCGCUUGCUGCGUCCAAUACUCGGAAAAACCUCGAAACGUGUGGUAUCCUGUGCGGCACGUUGAUUUCCAACGCUCUCUUUAUCUCGAGGCUUCUCCUCCCCGAGCAAAUUUCCACAUCCGACACCUGUGAAACGGUGAACGAAUCCGCUAUCUUUGACUAUUGUGACUCGGAAGAUUUGAUGGUGCUCGGCUGGAUCCAUACGCACCCCACCCAGACAUGCUUUAUGAGCUCCCGAGAUUUGCACACCCAUUGCGGGUACCAGGUGAUGCUACCGGAGAGCAUUGCGAUUGUGUGCGCCCCGAGUCAGACCCCGGAAUGGGGGGUUUUCCGUCUAACAGAUCCGCCUGGGCUCAAAUCAAUCCUGGGCUGUAACCAGACGGGAUUGUUCCACCCACAUGCCGAGACCAACAUCUACACCGAUGCGUUACGACCGGGCCAUGUGUUUGAGGCCAAGGGACUAGAAUUUGAGAUAGCGGACCAACGGCCGAACAAGUAA